AUGCUGUUUGGUAUCAAACUAGCUAAUGACGUAUAUCCUCCUUGGAAGGAUUCUUAUAUUGACUAUGAAAGGUUGAAGAAGUUACUGAAGGAAAGUGUCAUACAUGAUGGUCAUGGUGCCGUCGAUAAUUGGUCCGAGAGAAAUGAAUCAGAUUUUGUUGAGGCUUUGGAUAAAGAACUAGAAAAGGUUUACACAUUCCAAAUAUCGAAGUAUAAUGCUGUCUUACGAAAAUUAGAUGGUUUAGAGGAAAAUACUAGAUCAGCUGAGCAAAUUCAGAAAAUAGAUUCUAAGCUGUUUAAGAACGCAUUAGAAGAAUGUUUGGAUGAGACUCAACGAUUGGAUAAUUUUGACAGAUUGAAUUUUACGGGGUUUAUUAAGAUUGUAAAGAAACACGAUAAAUUACAUCCAAACUACCCUUCUGUGAAAUCUCUUUUGCAAGUUAGGUUGAAGGAACUACCAUUUAAUAACUCAGAAGAGUACUCUCCCUUGUUAUAUAGGAUCUCAUACUUAUAUGAGUUCCUGAGGUCAAAUUAUGAUCAUCCAAAUACGAUGUCUAAAUCAUUAGCAACUACUUCCAAAUUAUCGCAUUUUUCUAAUCUUGAAGACACAAGUUUCAAAAGCUACAAGUUUUGGAUUCACGAUGACAACAUAAUGGAGGUUAAAGCAAGAAUUUUGAGGCAUUUACCUGCUUUGCUUUAUGCAUCUGUUCCAAGUGAGAAUGACGAUUUUGUUGAUAAUAUAGAACCAGACGUUCGCGUGCAAGUUGGAGCGCGCCUAAAUAUUGAUGGAAAGACUAAUAGUCUUUCUAGUGAUGCUAAUAGUAAUGAGGACGUUGAGAUUGGAGGAUCAAAGAACGUUAUUUUUCCACAAUCAUAUGAUCCAAUAAUCACGACACUGUAUUUUGACAACGAAUUUUUCGAUCUGUAUAAUAACAGACUAAUGAAAAUUAGUGCUGCACCUACAUUAAGAUUGAGAUGGAUUGGUAAAUUACUAGAAAAACCUGAUAUCUUUUUGGAAAAGAGGACUUUUACAGAAAAUACCGAAACUGGUAAUUCUAGUUUUGAAGAAAUCAGACUACAAAUGAAAGCCAAAUUCAUCAACAAUUUCAUUUUCAAAAAUGACCCUAGUUACAAGAACUAUCUAAUCAACCAACUAAGAGAAAGAGGUACUCAAAAGGAAGAGUUAGAAAAACUAUCCAGUGACUUCAACAAUAUUCAAAAUUUCAUUGUUGACAAAAAGUUGCAACCAGUAUUGAGAGCUAUUUACAAUAGAACUGCUUUUCAAAUUCCUGGAGAUCAAAGUAUUAGAGUUACCAUUGAUUCCAACAUCAUGUACAUUAGAGAGGAUUCAUUGGACAAAGAUAGGCCUAUUAGAAACCCUGCCAAUUGGCAUCGUGAUGAUAUUGAUUCUAAUGUUCCUAAUCCCUUGAGGUUUCUGAGACCAGGGGAAUAUUCAAAGUUCCCAUAUUCGGUGAUGGAGAUUAAGGUAAUAAACAAGAAUAAUUCUCAAAUGCCGAAUCAUGAAUGGAUUAAGGAUUUAAUUAAUUCGCAUUUGGUCAAUGAAGUUCCCAAAUUUUCUUUAUAUUUACAAGGUGUCGCUUCCUUGUUCGGUGAAGACGAUAAAUAUAUCGACAUUUUACCAUUCUGGUUGCCCGAUUUAGAAACUGACAUCAGAAAGAAUCCACAAGAAGCUUACGAAGAAGAGAAGAAAACUUUAGAAAAACAAAAAACCAUUCAUGAUAAACUUGACAACAUGAGAAGAUUAUCUAAGAUCUCACUGUCAGAUAGAACGCCCAUUGGACGACAAGAGCAAAGAGAUCAGAGUACUUGCCACACUGCUGCUGAUUUAGAGGAUCACGAAUCAUCUGACGAAGAUGGUACUACAUUACCCACGAAAUCUGCAGUCAAAAAGAAAAAGAUUAAAACAAAAGCAGCAUUUCUAAAAAUCCUUGCUGGGAAAAAUAUCUCGGAAAAUGGAACAGACCCCUACUCCGAUGAUGCAGAUAGUGCCUCUUCCUUUCAAUUACCUCCAGGAGUUAAAAAACCAGUUCAUCUUUUGAAAAACGCUGGCCCUGUCAAAGUUGAAGCAAAAGUUUGGCUUGCCAAUGAACGUACAUUCAAUAGAUGGUUGAGUGUAACAACGUUGUUGAGUGUAUUGACGUUUUCUAUCUAUAAUUCGGUGCAGAAAUCCGAAUUUCCGCAGCUAGCUGAUUUGUUAGCUUACGUGUAUUUCUUUUUGACCUUAUUUUGUGGAUUAUGGGCUUAUAGGACCUACUUAAAAAGAUUAACACUAAUAAAAGGUAGAAGCGGUAAGCAUUUGGAUGCGCCCCUGGGUCCUAUCUUGGUUGCUGUUGUGUUAAUUGUCACUUUAGUUGUUAACUUUAGCGUGGCUUUUAAGGAAGCGGCUAGGAGGGAAAGAGAAUUAAUAAACGUUUCCUCCCAGUCUUCGUUACCCAGUACUCUGAAACCGAUUCAAGAUUUUAUUUUCAAUUUGGUCGGAGAAUAA